ACAACAGUACGGGCACACACCAGCAGGAGCGUUAUUCCCGGACAAGCGUGCAGUGGCGGCGUUUCAGUGACGUCACCCAGCAUGGCGGCUCUGGCUGGCUUGAGGGUCCUGGGCUACGGCGGUGGGGUAGCAUGGGCUGCACGCGCCGCCUCGUGGCGGGUCCCUCGCGGCCAGGAGCUCGGGGGGCAGGGGCAUUUGGUGAUACGUGUGUACGGCACUGGGGGGCGCCAGUACAGCUCGGAGGCGAGAAGCGAGGACGAACUGAGGGUCAGCUACCUGGAGGGAGAGGAGCAAGGAAUUGUGGUACUUGGAAUCAAUCGUCCACAGGCAAAAAAUGCUAUCAGUAAAGGUUUGGUCAAAUCGAUGAUGAAGACAGUUGAUUCAUUGAAGGGCAAUAACAAAGUGAGGACUGUAAUCUUACGGAGUGAAGUCCCUGGAGUGUUUUGUGCAGGAGCAGAUUUAAAAGAGAGAGCAAAGAUGCACCCUAGUGAAGUUGGACCAUUUGUAUCAAGAGCAAGAGCCCUCAUGAAUGAAUUUGCAAACCUUCCAAUGCCAACCAUCGCUGCCUUGGAUGGAGCAGCUCUAGGGGGAGGCCUAGAGAUGGCUUUAGCCACUGACAUCAUAGUAGCAGCUUCUACAGCUAAAAUGGGUCUAGUAGAAACCAAGCUGGCCAUAAUUCCUGGAGCAGGUGGAACACAGAGGCUACCUCGUGCUGUUGGAGUAGCUGUAGCAAAGGAACUCAUAUUUUCUGCACGUGUCCUGGAUGGUAAUGAAGCCAAAGUCAUCGGUUUGGUCAGCCACGUUGUAGAACAGAAUGAUGAGGGAGAUGCAGCCUAUAAAAGGGCUUUGGCUUUAGCACGGGAAUUCACAUCUCAGGGACCGAUUGCAAUGAGAAUGGCUAAAUUAGCAAUCAACCAAGGCAUUGAAGUGGACUUAGCCACAGGCUUAGCAAUAGAAGAAGCAUGCUAUGCUCAGGUUAUUCCAACUAAGGAUAGAAUUGAAGGCCUACUAGCAUUUAAGGAGAAAAGGCCUCCACGUUUCAAGGGGGAGUAAAGGACCACAGGAAUGCCUUACCUAAGAACAUAGCAGAAUAAAUGUGUUGGGGACCUUCUGUGUGUGCGUUUCCUCGACCUCACAACCAUGGAAAUUAAAAACAUUACGGCAGGUGAGCGUGCCCAUACACCUUCCUGACCCUGUAGAUCACUCUCAUAGUUUUUAGCAUUGCCUGUGACAACAAGCGCAGCCACAAACCUUCCUUUGUUAGUUAACAGAAAUGUCAGAGUCUCCAGCUCAGUAGUCAGUGCUAGUAAGCUCUGGGGCUGCAGCCGCAGUCAAGAUCUGCAUUUUGUUUUCAUGCUUCAGCAGCAUUGUAUGUUAUGAAACACUGUUCAUAUAGAAUGUCAAAAUAAUGUAAAUUAAAGCCAUAUAAAUUAUUGUUCAUAAUAUUACUUAAAGAUGUCAGCAAACCAUACUGGUAAAAAAACAAAAAAAAAACAUUUUCAAGGGAUCAUUUAAAAAAAUGUACUUGAUCAAU